AUGGGAUCCUCGCCCUCCACAAUAUCUCAAGAUGUGAAUACAAUGAGCUCUGAUUCUUCAUCUCAGGCUAAGCAGCAUCACCCAAUGAACUUGGCUGAAGCUGUCGAGACAUACAACGUCUUACGUCAUCUUCUCCCCGCCGAGCUCGUGCUGGAUAUUUUGGCACUUGCAGAAUACUGGUUGGAGACCGCCGUCAUGCGGGGCGAUGUGCUCACUUACGAUGAUGUUAACUACGCCAAGCGACAGCCCUAUCUGACAUCUGAACCGAUCCCAGAGGGGCGCUUAGAAGAGAUCAGAAUCGACAUCUGGAGUCAUGACCAAGGCUGGAGCAGUUACCGAGAGUCAUACGGCACAUACGAAAACUCCUGGACUUGGUUUGAGCUUGCAAUUGAGAAAUUCGAGGGCAGGACAGUGAUAGGAAAAACCGACUCUAUUCGCUUGGCGACCAACGUGCAUGCACAGAAGGAGGCACAACAUCAUCAAAUUGUGUUUUCGCGACAAAACAAUGUGACAUUGAUGCAAGCUCUGGAAACCGGUGAUAGGGUUUCCAUCAUCCCCUUGGCUCGAUUUCCCGGCUGGCGAAACACUGUGGAGAGAGCUUCAAUACAGAUCUGCACUGCCCCUAUUUUGUGA